GCCCUUCUGGCUAACAUGGCUGCCAUGUUUGGAGUUUAUCAUGGUGCAAAUGGAUUAAAGUACAUUGCCAAGAGAGUCCACAAUGCUACUCUAAUCUUGGCAGAAGGUCUGAAGAGAGCAGGUCAUCAACUCCAACAUGACCUAUAUUUUGAUACCUUGAAAAUCCAGUGUGGGUGUGACAUCGAAGAGGUCUUGCAAAGGGCAGCCCAGAGACAGAUAAACUUUCGGAUUUACUCUGACGGCACGCUUGGAGUUUCUCUUGAUGAAACUGUAAAUGAAAAAGACCUAGAUGAUCUACUGUGGAUUUUUGGUUGUGAAUCUUCAGCUGAAUUAGUUGCAGAGAAUAUGGAUGAAGAAACAAAAGGCAUUUUUGCUACUCAGUUUAAGAGAACAUCAACAUUCCUAACACACCAAGUAUUUAACAGCUAUCACUCUGAAACAAACAUUGUCCGAUAUAUGAAAAGAUUAGAAAACAAAGAUAUUUCUCUUGUUCACAGUAUGAUUCCUUUGGGAUCCUGUACAAUGAAGCUGAAUAGCUCAUCAGAACUUAUGCCUAUCACAUGGAAGGAAUUUGCCAAUAUACAUCCUUUUGUUCCCCUGGAUCAAAGUCAAGGAUACCAGCAACUUUUUAAGGAACUUGAGAAGGAUCUGUGUGAAAUCACAGGCUACGACAAGAUUUCGUUCCAGCCUAACAGUGGAGCUCAAGGUGAAUAUGCUGGGCUAGCUGCAAUCAAGGCUUAUUUAAAUGCAAAAGGAGAAUGGCAGCGAAGUGUCUGCCUUAUUCCUAAAUCAGCUCAUGGUACCAACCCAGCAAGUGCUCAAAUGGCAGGGAUGAAGAUCCAGCCAAUAGAAGUAGAUAAAAAUGGAAGCAUUGAUGUGAGCCAUCUGAAAGCAAUGGUAGAUAAGCACAAAGAAAAUCUAGCGGCUAUCAUGAUCACAUAUCCUUCCACUAAUGGUGUCUUUGAAGAGCAGAUCAGUGAUGUAUGUGAUCUGAUUCACAAACAUGGAGGGCAAGUUUAUUUAGAUGGAGCAAAUAUGAAUGCUCAGGUUGGCCUGUGCCGCCCUGGAGACUACGGGUCAGAUGUUUCUCACUUAAAUCUUCACAAAACAUUUUGCAUUCCUCAUGGUGGAGGAGGACCUGGCAUGGGACCAAUUGGAGUGAAGAUGCACCUGGCUCCUUUCCUGCCCAGCCAUCCUGUCGUUGUCUCACCACACGAUGCACAUUCAAGCUCAUUGGGCACCAUCAGUGCUGCCCCUUGGGGAUCCAGUUCCAUCUUGCCUAUUUCCUGGGUUUAUAUCAAGAUGAUGGGAGGCAAAGGUCUAAAACAUGCUUCUGAGAUUGCGAUAUUGAAUGCUAACUACAUGGCAAAGCGACUAGAGAACCACUACAAAAUCCUCUUUAGAGGCUCCAAAGGUUAUGUAGCUCAUGAAUUUAUUUUGGAUACUCGGCCGUUUAAGAAAACUGCAAAUAUUGAAGCUGUGGAUGUUGCUAAGCGGCUUCAGGAUUAUGGAUUCCACGCUCCAACAAUGUCCUGGCCAGUAGCAGGGACCCUCAUGAUAGAACCAACCGAGUCUGAAGACAAAGCAGAACUAGACAGAUUUUGUGAUGCCAUGAUCAGUAUUCGACAAGAAGUAGCUGAUAUAGAAGAAGGAAGGAUGGAUGCUAGAGUUAACCCCUUAAAGAUGGCCCCACACACCUUGGCCUGCCUGGCUGCACCCAACUGGGAUCGUCCAUAUUCUAGGGAAGUGGCUGCUUUUCCACUACCAUUUGUGAAACCUGAAAGUAAGUUUUGGCCUACAAUUGCCAGAAUUGAUGACAUCUAUGGGGACCAGCAUCUGAUCUGUACCUGCCCACCAAUGGAGGUCUAUGAGUCUCCUUUUGCCGAGCAGAAGAGAGCAUCAUCUUAGGACCAGCUUCUUUCUACCCUUUGAAUUACCUUUCAGAUCACUGGGCUUAAUUUUUCUUGCUGUAUUUGUAGCACUCUGUGAAGACAGGUGAAAUCUUCAGCCCGGUUAGCAUAUUUUAUAUACAGUGUAUAUUUUUGAAAACUCCAUGCUGUUAAUUACAUUUCUAUGCAGCUAUUUGUAAAUACUUUUAUUAAGCGGCAAUUGAUUUGAUACAGUUUCCAUGUCAAUCCAUGCUGAAGUGCCCUUGAUUAAGCCCCUCUUUUCUAUCAGGGCUGCUUUUCUGUGAUUUAAUAAUAAGCAUUGGACUGUAUGAACAAAAGCAAUACAGUACACUUUUUAAACAGUGUCAUGACUAUGCACCUGCUCGCCCAAAUGCUCUGUGAUACAGGAUUAACCCCAAUUUUUUUAGGACAUAAUUUUAUAAGGUAUUUCCUUUGUAUUUGGGCUAAGGUAAAAUGGAGUUACUAUUCAUUUUGUAUGAAAUGAAGUCAUGGACAACCAUUAACAGAGUUUGAUAUGGUCGAAUGCAGGUGGCUUUUUUUAAAAAAAUGUACCACACUCUAGUUAGAUUAUGGCAAUGCAUCUUUGUUGUUUAUAAUUAUAUGUCCUAGAACUGAUAUUUUUUAAAUUUCCUCUUGUUAAUGUUCCAAUUAAAAACUAGCUGACUUUGAA